CGACAGUGUUACUCGGGAAGCGCAAGUCUUGUGAAUAAUCCGUUUUGGUUUCCUGUUUUAAGUUCUGAAAACGAAUAUUUAGAUAUUUCAAACUAAUUAUCGCUAUACAUAACUAUAUCGAUAACCGAUAUAGUGCAAGUACCAGUCGAAAUACGUGUUCUAUUAGCUUCAGUUCAGUUCUGAAGUUACAACUCGAAGCCCAGCGGCUUUGAAAAGUUUGUUGUUGUCACGUGACGUGAUACGAAUGCGGUGAUAAAGUUUUUGUUUGUUAUUAAAACGACCAUAGAUACAAAAACAACAUUCUAUAUUACGUUACUAUUUCAAAACAAUGCCUCAACCAAAAUACAGGAAGAUUGCUGUGAUUGGGUACAGAUCUGUUGGAAAGUCUUCUCUCACAAUACAGUUCGUGGAAGGACAGUUUGUAGAUUCAUAUGACCCUACCAUUGAAAACACCUUCAACAAAAUGGUGUCUGUCAACGGUCAAGAUUUCAAUCUUCAGUUGGUCGAUACUGCCGGUCAGGACGAGUACUCUAUUUUCCCUCAGUCUCAUUCAAUGGACAUCCAUGGUUAUGUCUUGGUCUACGCAGUAACCUCCAUGAAAAGUUUUGAAGUUGUUCAGGUUCUUCAUGACAAGCUGCUAGAUAUGGUUGGGAAAAUACAGGUGCCAACUGUUCUUGUUGGAAACAAAAAAGAUCUCCACAUGGAAAGGGUGAUCAAACCAGAGGAAGGGAAGAAGCUGGCCCACUCAUGGGGAGCAGCAUUCAUGGAGUCUUCUGCUAAGGAAAACGAGACCGCUGUAGAGGUAUUCAAGCGGAUCAUUCUGGAGAUGGAGAGGGCGGAUGGGAACGUUCCCUCCGAGGAUAAAAAGUGUGCCGUGAUGUAAGAGGGUCUCACCAGGACAGCAGUAAGCUCAUUGGAUGAAGCCAGGAGACACAACGUCACCAGCCUGCCAAUCAUGACUUCCCUAGCACCAAGGAGCCGCAGUCGCGAUGUGGCCACUUUAUAAUUCAACAGUGUUUUACCCAACGGCACCCAAUCACACUCGAGGCUAACUAAAAAUAACUCUGACAGGUGUCACACAAGGGUGUCACUGUCAGUUUUACUGAAGUCUAUCAAGUUUGGUUGGCAUAAACCAAACCUCAUGAAAAUACCAAAUGUAAUGUAAGCCUAAACUUCACAACAAAAAACAGCUCCCUGAUAAUUGCAAUCAAAUAGCUAGCCAUGUAUCAACAGAUGGAGUGGUGACUGGCUAGUGUCCCCAACUCUCACUGGCUAGCUUCACCUUGUACAUAAUAAGGGCUGACCUUGAUGCCUAAAAAACAUGCCUGACUUUUUUUUCUCGGGUCAUUUUUUGGAAAGUCACUAUCAUUCACAACUGAUUAAUGUAUUGGUUACAGUAUCUUGGAAUGAGUUCUCUUUCACAUAAGAUGUGUAUUGCAGAAAUACAUUUCCUCUAGCAUUGGUCUUGGCUAACAUUUUUUCACUGUAAAACUUUCAGCAAGUCAACUUCAGGUUACACUUCACUCUUGAACUGUAAAUAUUUAUUUUAGGAAACAUGCCAAUUUGUAUUUUCUAGAAUACAGUUUUAUGUUCUUCUGGUUGGCAGAUUGGUCCUCGCUCCUUUCCGCUAUGAUCUACCAUCUGACUUUAAUAAUUAAGCUGUAAUUAUCCAGUGGAUGAGGCACCCUUGAAUGAUGUUUAGAAAAGAAUGGAAUGGAUCUGUUGUAUAAAAAUAAGUUGUGGCCUUUUGAUCCCAGAGAACUAGGAUCGUAUACACAGGUUUGAUAGUGUUGUUAGUUUUAUUCUGAGAUAAUACAAGUGUGUUCAUUCAGCAGCCUAUUGAAUGAAAUGUCUGCAUAUAAUUAUACUAUAAUUAAGAAGAUGGAGUUGCAGUUAAGGGCAUUCACUGAUAAUUCCUUACCACUGUGGACUGUUAACCAGUUCAUGGGGAUCACAGGACCUGCUGGUUUAGUUUUCAUUUUGGGGUUUUGAUUCCAGAAGUGAUGUAGGGCUCCAUCAAGCCAAGCAAGGACGCCUUAUGACACAUGAUCACGUAUGAAUUUAUGUUGAGUCGGGGACUCCCAGUGGACAAAGUGCUCACCAUAACCUGAUUUUCGUGUCCACAAAAGAUCAAUUCGAUGCCCAAUGGUUUUUACUGACAUUACUUACAUUUAUCCAGAAGGUCCAACCCCUAGUGUUGAAUAAUUGUUGUUUAGAAUUUUUUCAUAGAGUGCUUUUCUCUGAAUUAGUAGAUUGAUUGAUGAUGCAGUCUAAGGCUGAGUUUACACAGGCAGCCCAAUUCUACGCUUUUUUUUUCACUACUUGGUCCUCCGACCAAUCAGAUUUGUGCUGAAAAAGAUCUGAUGUGAUUGGUCAAAAUAUCAGAAUUGGGCUGCCUGUGUAAACUCAGCCUAAGAGAAGCUGGAGAUGUUGUGUCUUGUGCCUUUACCCUUCAAUCCCCCCCUUUACUACAUCCCCCCCCCUUACUACCCCCCCCACACACACACACCUGUUUCCCUACUUGACUCAAGAUCCUGUUUUUUUUCUCUCCCUUCUCUGUUGACUUGACCCAAUGGGGAAAACAAGGUGCACAACACACACCUGAACACCAAUACCCCCACAUUGGUUAGUGUUAACUCAGAACUAUUGCUGUAAACUGUUUUGUAUAUAUAAAUAUUUUACUCCUUUAAAA